CGGGUUUGGCGGGUUUGGGGUUUAGGGUCGUCGGGUGCCCUGCCCGGCGAUUCUCUUCUUUCGUCCUUGUGUUGUGCCAUCCCGGCGCGCGUGCUCCCGCUGCGCCUUGUGCUUUUCUAAUUCAUUGCGUGGCCCUCCUUUCCUGUCCGGUCUGCUGCUCUGCUUUUUCCAUGGGGCGGCCGCCUUUUGCGCCGGUGAGUUCUUGGCCGUGUUUUUCGUUGAGACCAGUCGUUGAGGUCAUCGGAAAGUCGUUGAGGCCUAUCAGGCCGUUGAGAUGCACUCGUUGAGACGGAUUCGCGUUUUUACAAGAGUGAUUUCGCAAGUUUUCGCUCGUGUUUUAACAUAAGGCCGUGCAUAGUAUUGAGAUGAAACCGUUGAGAUUCCUGUAUAACAACCUAUAUUAUAUAUCAAAACAACCCACCCGGCAGGGAUUUGGGGUAGUUUCGUUUCAGCCCCCCAGCCAUUUUUUGUGUGGUUGCCUGCACCCACUGCAGAAGUUGCCAGAAGGCAGGCCCAGAGGCAUUCGGGCCGAGCAGCAAGGGGCGCAAAGUGUGAUCUGCAGUGGACGACCAUGAAUGCCAUUCCCAAACCCAAUGACUUUGCUUACGGAAGCAGUGCAGGCACCGGAGGUUGCGGCCAGUCUUCAGCAUGUAGCCUAGUGUAGUUCUGGUGCCUUGCUGUGUUUUUGAGGUUUGACACACACCUGGCCAAUGCGUGUGGCGGGCGGCCCGUGUCGCGAAACGAGGCCUGCCUGAAAAUUCGCGAGCGCCCACAGC